GGACUCUGUGAGGCUGUCAAAAGAAAAUGUCAACAGUUACAGUGUGAAGGGGAAGGAUAGAGAAAAGAUUGUCAAAAUUUUUAUGAAGAUACCCACUGCUCUUAACAAAACAGAAGCAACAAAAGUCAAACUGGUUUUCAGUGCUGAGUUUGAAAUAUUAAGUGUACUUAGAAAAGUCCUGGGAGAGGAGAAACUGAUGAUAGUUGAGUCUGAAGAUGAGACUGUCUAUGCUGGGAAGAAAGCCAUGCAGAAUGAAGCAGAAAUACCUGUGCCCUCUAAUGCACAGAGGAAGAACAAUCCUUCUAACUCUGAGAACGCAGAGACUCAAAAAGGCAACUUAACCUCUCAGCACAGACAGCAGUUUACAAGCAAUGUAGCAAAAAUGGUCAACUCUGGUGUAGCCAUGGUUACAGUGGGCCAGCAGACUGACCUGGAGGAUGCUAACCAAGAAAAAAACUCCAAAACUCCAUCUCCAGGGAAGAAAGCUAAGCCUAGUGAGAAGCCCCAAGCAGAAGAACCUAUGGAUGAGUUGAUACUAAAGGAUGACACCAGCAAAUGGAGGAACAGGAAAACCAGUUUGGCCAAGAAGAGGGCUGAAGGCAGGAAGGAAGUCUAUGACUUUGAGAACUCAGACUCCUCAAGUCAUGAAAAGGUUUCUAAAGCCAAAGGAAAGAUUCUUGCCCAGAAAAUUUCUUCACAAAGUCAGAGGACUUAUGAAACAAGAAGCAAGAGCAAGGAAUCACAGAGUCUUGAGAGAAGGCAGUCCAGUUACAGGAAACAUCUUUUCUCUGAAAGUAACAAUGAGAAUACAAGCCCUGGUCAGAGUGAAAAAAGCUGGAUCCUUGACUCUCAGAUACAGUCGGCACCAAAAUCUGUUGACUAUACCCGAAAAAGACCCAGGGUGAGAAGUAAAUUAAAAGUGCUUCCAGUACCUUCUGCAAGUAGUGGCAGCGACUAUGAGUCAAAGAAGGAGGGAGUAUCAAAGCAAAGAGCUCAAAAGGAGAUGCCAAGGGAAAAAAGCACAUUUAGCUUCAAGGGAGAUGAUUUCCCCACGGUGGAUCUUGCUGAUGAAUCACUCUCAGAGGAGAUUGCAGGGAGUCCGCUGCUACUGAGUGUGUCUACCAGGAGCUCUCCCAGUGACGUGGAGAAGGCCACACAGAAGUUUCAUGGUACACCAGGCAAAAUAUCAAGAGAGGAAGAAAGUACCAAGCGGAAGGACUCAGAUAUAUUGAGUGGCACUAUCAUAAAAAAGCCUAAAUUUUCUAGUUUGGAGAAAAAUCACUUGCCCUCUGAGAUUAACCAUACACCAAAGAAAAUUCCUGAUUCAGUAGAAGAGGAUGGGGAGAUCCAGAAAGGUCAGGAAAUGGAUGAUAGCGUAGAUGAUGUGUUUUUUCCAAAGCUGCUUCACGAAGAAUUGAGUGAUUCAGGAGUGGUUUUUGCCUUUGAAAGCUUUAUUGGCCACCUGAAGAAACUUUUCUGGUCCCGGUACAAAAGGAUUGAGAUCAACACACAGGAUGCCUUGAGAUCCUCAGAGAAGAACUUGUCUGCCCUGCUGAACCAGAUACAUAAGUGCAGGCUGAGUAAAUUUGAAACCUUCCAGAAGAUUGUUGUUGAAGAGCUUGCUAACCUUGAGAAAGAAACUCAAAUUCUGGCAGCCAUGGAGAAGGAUGCACUGGAUUUCUGGAAUGAACAGCUGCUCAAACUGAAUACUUUCUGCAACCAGCAAAAGCAAAGAAUUGAAUCUGUUGACUCUGCCCUGGGUGAAACAGCCAAGAGUUUUGCCGAUGCUGUCCAGAAUACAGUGUAUGAACACCCAGUGAAGAAGGCAGAAGAUGUGUUCAUUGUUCCUUCUGACUAGCAUACUCCAAAUUAACUAUUGCUCAUGACAUUUGAGCACUUUGUGUGCAGUAAAAAGAUGGUUCUGUAAUGGAUGUAAUGGAUCUAUUUAAAUGAAAAGAAAAAAAAGCAUUAUGUUGAGCCUUGUUUUGCCUAAAAAGAAUAUGUAUUGCUAAGUGGUCCAGUUGAUAAUAAAUUUUCCUGAAAA